UGGAGAUGUUGCUGCUUAUGACACUUAUACUAUCUUUUGCCAGAGGUGAAAAAAUAGAUUUGAGUUACCCAUAUGAUGAAAAUACUGCGUAUUGGAUUCCUUCUGAGAUUCCUUUCAGGUUCAUUAAGAAAACAGCUGAUUACGAUCGAGGAUAUUGGUAUGCAGCCUAUCAAUUUGAGACCGCAGAACAUUGUGGAACUCAUGUUGAUGCUCCCUACCAUUUCAAUAAGUUAGGAUGGAAAGUAGAUGAAAUACCUUUAGACAGAUUGAUAACAACAGGUGUUUUCUUAAAUGCUUCUUCGGAAACUAAUGGAAAUUGUUCUUUUAAGUUAUCAAUUAAGGAACUUGAAAAGUGGGAAAGUCAAAAUGGACCAUUUCCAAAUAAUUCCAUUCUGCUAAUUAGCUUCGGUUGGGCAUCAAGAUAUAACAAUAAAACGGAAUAUCUCGGGCCAUCAUCUGAUAAACUUUGUUUCCCUGGUUUAUCAAAAGAGGCUGCAGAAUGGAUAACCAAGUCUAAAAAGAUAGUCGGAGUUGGUCUCGACACCCCCUCAAUAGAUCAAGGAUUAAAUAAUGAAGCACAUAUUGAACUGAAUUCAAAGAAUUUAUAUAUGCUUGAGAACGUAGCUAUAACACACCCUUUACCAAAUAGGAAUUUCACAAUUUGUUCUCUUCCAAUUAAGAUAAGGGGUGGAACUGGUGGUCCUUGCAGAAUAGUGGCUAUUAUUUGAUCUUUCCACAAUCUAA